AUGAAGCUCUCACUCCUUCUCCUCGGCCUCCUCACGGCCAUCCAAGCCUCCCCAGCUCCGGCCCCGGUCCCGGCCCCGGUCUCAGCCAUCGAAUUCCGCUCGCCCACCGACCUCUCCGCCCGAGAAAAGGUCGUCUCCCGCACCAUCAACCUCUCCUCCACCCUCGUCAUCCGCGACGACGAGCCCUGGCCGGUCAACCACAGAACAUACACCCGCACCCACACCCUCGCCCCCGUCAUCAUCGGCACCAAGACCGGGUACACCCAGAAAGUCACCUACGAGGCCAGAGUCGGCGGCGAGAUCCGCGUCGAGGUGCACUUGACCCUGACGCUUCGCCCUUCUGACUUGUCGGUGCUUGUCAACUACCAGAUGCUGCUGUUUGAGGGGACCAGCACCAGCACCAAGGAUCUCGACGGGAAGAUUGAGGGCUCGCGUCGGGUUUUCAAGAACACGGAUGGGAUGAUCAAGAAUACGGUGCACAACACUGAUGAGGGUGGUGAUCGGGCUGGGUUGGAGCUCAAGGUUGUCAAUGCCCCUUGA